AUGCUCGUUAAAGAGAGCAUGACAGAUGAGGCAUCUGAACCAACAUUGACCAGUAAUGAAGCGUCGGUGAACGUUGAUCAUGUUCGAUGGUUGAUCAACAAGCAAUCAUUCAAUGGAGCAUGGCAAUUGACCGAUAAUGACAUAGAAAUGUUAACCGGAGGCAAAACAAUGGCAACAUUCAAAUCAAAGAUUAGUGAUAUAGAAGAUGUUAUAACAACGGCUAUUGCUAUUGCUGUGCUCGAAUCAAAAUAUGCUAAUCAAAAAGACUUGUGGCAUGCACUCGUUGAUAAAGCACGUCAGCAAAUGAUUAAUUUUGGAUUGACUCCAGACAAAGUUGAUUUACUCAUCAACGAAAUUAAAAACAAACUAUAG